AUGGCACCAAUUGACUCCAAUUCUCUCGUUCUCAUUACAGGUGGCAAUGGUUUCAUCGCCGCCCACUGCAUCGCAACGCUCCUACGAUCCAAUUACCGUGUUCGAGCAACAGUGCGCUCGGCCUCAAAGGCGGAAGCGACGCGGAAAUCGCUCGACGCGGCGGGUGUCGAAAACCUCUCGCGCCUUGAAUUCUCCGUUGUUCCUGACCCGACCAAUAUUCAGGCUUUGGUAGCUGCGCUGCAGGAUUGCCAGGCGGUCGUACACUUGGCUUCGGCUUUCAAUUACGAUGCAGUUCCCGGAGAGUUUGAAGAAAAAUUAAUGAUCCCGGCAGUCAAGGGUACGCAGGGUAUUUGUCGGGCAGCUGAACAGAUCUCUUCCAUCCGACGGGUUGUUGUGAUGUCCAGCUUUGCAAGCGUUUACGAUGCUAGCCUGGGGCUCCAACCUGGCCGCGUCUACACAGAGCAAGACUGGUGUCCAUUGACCUAUGAAGAUGGUGUGAAUGCACCAGCUGUGCCCGUCGCGUAUCGUGCUUCGAAGGUGGUAGCCGAGCGUGCUGCCUGGGACUAUGUUCGCGAUAACUCGGUGCAGUACCAGCUGAUCACGCUAUGCCCUGGGAUGGUUUUCGGGAAGAUGAUACACCCAAUCUCGUCGCUCUCUCAGCUCAAUGCCAGCAAUCAGAUUGUCUGGCAAGUGCUGAACGCCGGACAUGAUGGUGAAAUUCCUCCAACAAAAGCGCCAGUCUGGGUGGACGUGGAAGAUCUUGCCACCGCCAGUUUCAGGGCAUUGGAAUUCUCCACCAGUGGCCAUGAACGAUUCUUGGUGACACAGGCAUCGUACGACACACAGGAGAUCGCGGAUAUCAUCCGUGAAAAGCUGCCCCAAAAGAACAAGGCCCCGAUUGGUACCCCGAAACAUCGCAUUGCAAGUACACAUUACUCUUGUGACUCCUCAAAGGUGCAGAGGGUACUGGGUAUCAAGUUCAAAACCUUGGAGGAGUCUAUAGUUCCGUUGGCACAGCAGUUAUAUUCCAUGGCGGUCACUGAGGUGUGA